GUGGCGCGCUAGACUGCGCAGCCGCAGCAGCAGCAGAACAGGCGAGACGCAGGCAGACAGUCAGUCCUCAGCAGCAGCCAUGGCAGAUGGAAAGGCCAAGGAGGGAGUAAAGACGGAGAACAACGAGCACAUCAACCUGAAGGUGGCAGGACAGGAUGGCUCAGUGGUGCAGUUUAAGAUCAAAAGGCACACUCCUCUCAGCAAACUGAUGAAAGCUUAUUGUGAACGGCAGGGGCUGUCAAUGAGGCAAAUACGAUUUCGAUUUGACGGUCAGCCCAUCAAUGAAACAGACACACCUUCUCAGCUAGAAAUGGAGGAUGAAGAUACAAUCGACGUGUUCCAACAGCAAACUGGAGGCUCUCCUCUUUAAAGACUGUUUCCUAUGAACAUCCCUACCUCCCCCUUUCAUCCCUGAACAUCUUUGUUAUACCCAGUCUUCAAAUGCUCAUGACCAGUGUUGAUACGAUCCAGUGGAAUAUUUACACAAAAUACUCAAAGGCAGCACAGUUAGUGUUGAGUUUGAUCACACUGCCAUGUUACGUCACAUGUUAACAUGUCUGAACAGCGCAGUGCAGACAAUAUGUAGGCUGCAGUCAGUCUAAUGUGCCGAAGAAAUGAGAAACUGUUUUUGUUUGGGUUUUUUUGUUUGUUUUUUAAUUUCGGAAGAGAACGCUUGGUCCUGCUUUUGCUUUUAUACUUACCAAGGCUUUGAUUAAAGAUGGAGGUUUGAUUGAUGUAACCUGGUGUUUUAAAUUCACUGACAUCUGUUAUUAUAAAAAUGUAUUAUUGGAAUAAAUUGAGUCUUUUUUUUUUCUUUUUCUUUUUUUUACAAAUCUGUGUGUAUGUGUGUUUUCGUCACAUCUGAAAACUCUGUGUGCAGGUACUGCUGCAGUCAUUUAAAAUUGUAGGUUUGAAUUUCCUUCUCAGUAAUUUGCUUCCAUGCAAUAAGAGGAAAUGCUGACACGUCUUCAAAUUAUAAUCAUCAGACAGCAGUUUUUCAUGUGUGGUUAUGAUGUAAGCACUUUUAGCAGCCAUAUACAUAAUUAUCCAUCGUUCCAUAGCCAAUAAAAUACAGUGGAUAUGUAGUCAGUUUUCAAAAGUAAUCAGAGUUUCUAGAUAAUGAUCUCUUGAAUGACGUAAUGAGCUAUGUGUGCAUAUGCAUGUCCCCACUUGCCCUGCUGUUGUCUUUAUUCUUCAAGCUCAGUCCCUCUACCAGAGGCCUUGGAGUUUGAGAGUCUUGCGCAGCAUCUUUGCUGUUCCUAGAUUACACUACACUCUUCUGAACAUAGAUCUUUGUCGUCCCUACAGUCUGCUGGACGCAAAUCUUGUUCUUUCCAUUCAGCUGACUCCUCAGAACUGGCCUUACUCACUGCAGGUAUUUCAUGGUUUCCCACGGGUCUCUAUGGCUCCAGUUUGGCUGGGGCAUUCUAAAGUACUGUCCUCAAUAUAUUCAAUCUUGCUUUCUAAUAAUAGAGUCCUUUCACUUCUCA